AUGCCUAUUUUACAAAAGACAAAAUUUGGAUGGAUUGUAUCAGGACCUAUAUCACCAAAGGCACAAUACUCGAGCAUCAGUCAAACUGCUUCAUUUUGCGUUUUUUCUCCAGAAAUCCAGAUACAGCAACAGCUCGAACGAUUUUGGAUGACGGAAGAAUGCAUCAAAUCCAGACAUCUCUCCAGCGAAGAACAAGCUUGUGAAGAUCACUUCAUGCACACCACUAUACGAGAAGAAGAUGGUAGAUUUAACGUAAAAAUGCCAAUCAAAAGAAGUAUUUCUCAACUUGGAGAAUCAAAACACGCAGCUGCGCAUCGAUUACGUUCAAUGGAACGAAAAUUCAUCAAAUCUCCUGAAUUAAAGCAACAAUACGUUAUGUUCAUCAACGAAUACAUAUCUUUGGGCCAUUGCUCAGAGAUAUCAGCAGAAGAUUCAAAUUCAUUCCUACAUUACUUACCACAUCAUGCUGUAAUGAAGGAAAGUAGCAGCACCACAAAGCUAAGAGUAGUUUUUGACGGUUCCAACAAGACGUCUUCUAAUGUCUCAAUAAAUGACAUACUGAUGGUCGGACCAAAUAUUCAACCUGAUCUUUUUUCCAUCGCUCUCGGCUUCAGGGAACAUACGUAUGUCAUCAGUGCCGACAUUGCUAAAAUGUAUCGGCAAGUAAACAUUCAUGCAGAUCAGCGGAAUCUACAAGUUAUUCUUUGGAGAGAGGAUCCAACGGAAUCAAUGCGCAUACUGAGACUAAACACCGUCACAUACGGAUUAGCCAGUUCAUCAUAUCUAGCAAUACGAUGUUUAGAUCAAUUAGCUCGUGAAAAUGCAGUCACGUUUCCACAAGCGAGUCGUGUCAUACAACAAAAUUUUUAUGUUGACAAUAUGUUAUGCGGAGCCGAUACAAUAGAGGAGUUAUCUAUUAUCAAGCGAGAAGUAACACGAAUACUUGAAGAUGCAAAAUUCGAGCUUCGACAGUGGGUGUCAAAUGAACCUUCCAUCUUAUUGGAGUCUGACGAUAUUUCUCUUGAAUCAAUAUUACCUAUUGGAGAAGAAGUGAAAACACUUGGGCUUUUGUGGAAUCCUCAAGAAGAUGCUCUUCAAUAUCGGGUCGAAAAUUUGGAUGUUCCAAUACGAGUCUCUAAGAGAAUAAUUUUAUCAACAAUUUCACAAAUUUUUGAUCCUCUCGGCUUAGUAGGCCCUGUCGUGAUAAAAGCAAAAAUCCUUCUACAACAACUAUGGAAGAUUCAAGUUCAUUGGGAUGAAUCUCUUCCUCUUGAUCUUCAUACCACUUGGAUAAAAUAUAUGCAACAGCUUCCUCAAUUGAGCACUAUCAGCAUUCCUCGCCAUGCGAUGCAAGCCUGUUCAGGACAAAUCGAAUUACACGGCUUUUGUGAUGCAUCAGAAGCUGCCUAUGGAACUUGUCUUUAUAUUAAAUGUUAUCAAAAGGGGAGAAAGCCUACCGUUCGUUUACUCUGUGCUAAGUCUAAAGUAGCACCAUUGAAGAGAGUAUCCUUACCACGCCUGGAACUAUGUGGAGCCUUAUUACUUUCACGACUAUACAAGAAGGUAACAGAUGCAUUAACAAAGAAAAUAGAUUCUACAUAUCUUUGGUGCAAUUCCACUAUUACACUUGCCUGGAUAUCAGGUCAACCUCAUCAAUGGAAAACUUUUGUUGCAAACCGCAUCGCAGAGAUACACGAAUUAACAAAUCAAGCUAAAUGGCGACACAUAGAAUCCAAGCAUAAUCCAGCGGAUAUCAUUUCUCGAGGCUUAAAUCCAGCAGAACUUAAGCAAACCGAACUCUGGUGGAAUGGACCUACCUGGCUGCAACAAGACGUCGAUGAAUGGCCACACGCAGCUGCCGAGGCAGUGACAGAGCUACCAGAAGCUAAAAAACCAACUACCACCUUUAUCAUUAAUAUUGGAGAACUUGCAAUUUUCGAUCGGUAUUCAUCAUUGUCCCGUCUAAAGCGAGUCGUCGCAUACAUUCUACGAUUUAAAUAUAACGCUCUUAAUUCUGAGUCAAGAAAAUACGGAUCAUUAGAUGUAGACGAACUUGAAAAUUCUAUGAACGUUUUAUUGAAAUACAUGCAAGAAAGAGAAUUCUCGUUAGAAAUCCAGGCAUUAAAGUCAAAUCGUGAAAUUCGUCAAAACAGUCGUUUAUAUAAUUUGUGUGUAUUUCUUGAUGCUAACGGUCUAAUACGCGUGGGCGGGCGAUUGCGUAACGCUAAUAUACCAUACUCGCAAAAACAUGGAAUUGUUAUUCCAACAAAACAUAAACUAACUGAAUUAAUCAUUAAGGAUGAACACUAUCGAACAUUGCAUACAGGUGCACAAGCGCUACUGGCUCACAUUCGCACGCGAUUUUGGCCUCUAUCCGGAAAAACAGCGAUACGACGUGUUUUACAAAAAUGUAUAGUUUGUUUUAGGACACGUCCAAUGAUAAAAGAUCAAUUAAUGGGAGAUCUUCCAGUAGAACGUAUAACACCAUCUCGAGCGUUUGAAAAGAGUGGUGUUGACUACGCAGGUGCGUUUCGUAUAAAAAUAUCGCGUAACAAAACUGGUAAAGCAUAUCUCUGCGUUUUCAUAUGCAUGGCUACUAAGGCCGUACAUCUAGAAUUAGUGAGCGAUCUUACGACCACCGCAUUUUUAAACUCAUUGAAGAGAUUUAUAUCACGAAGAGGAAAACCAAGCGACAUAUUUUCGGAUAAUGGUACAAAUUUCGUCGGAGCAGACAACGAUUUAAAGAAACUUACAAAUCUAUUGACAAAUUCAGGUCACAACCAACAGAUUCUUGACUUCACAGCUCAACAAUCAAUACGUUGGCAUUUCAUACCUCCUCAUUCACCUCAUUUUGGAGGACUAUGGGAGUCUGCCGUAAAGUCAGCCAAGACUCAUAUGAAGCGAGUCAUCGGAAACGCUUUAUUAAGCUUUGAAAAACUCUAUACAGUUUUUACCAUGAUUGAGGCAUGUUUAAACUCGAGACCUUUAUGCCCAAUGUCAGACGAUCCAUCAGAUCUAUCAUCAUUGACACCUGGCCAUUUUUUGAUCGGCCAAUCGUUAAUCAAUAUUCCUGAGCCCGAGGUACAAGAAAUCGCUCCAAAUCGAUUAUCACGUUACGAGUAUCUUAUACAACUUAAACAACAUUUUUGGACGCGCUGGAGUAGAGAAUAUUUGACACAACUCCAACAACGAGUCAAGUGGAACAAACCUAAUUCAAAUAUGGUCUCUCCUGGAACACUGGUAUUACUCAAGGAUGAUAAUCUACCACCUUUGCAGUGGCGCAUGGGUCGUGUUGUUGAGACACAUCCAGGAAAAGACAAUUUGGUACGAGUCGUAAGCAUAAAAACUUCCAACGGUAUCAUUAAGCGCUCAUUACCAAAGAUAUGUAUUUUGCCUAUUGAAGGAGGCAAAAUUUAA